UAAAUUUUGUCCAUUUUACGAAAAUAAAUCAAAUGCAAUAAACAUGGCUGCCGCCUUGAUUCGCAAGAAGAGUUUUUUGUGUAGUUUAAUGCUACAUAGUACUGUCAGAACAAUUUAUGGCACUACGGAAUUACAAUUUGAUUUAAAGAAAUCAAAAACGAUGAAGAAAAUAUUGAAAAAGGCUGAAAGAAAGAAAGAUAUAAAAUGGUUUGCACCCAUUUAUGGACAGAAACCAGAUGUUGAUUUCCCUCGGUCAGGAAAACCUGCAAAAUCCAAGGAAAGAUUCUCCGAAGGGAAACAAAGACGAGCAAAUCAUAUUGGUGAUGUCAUGUACGAUACCGUCUGUGCCAUAAUAGGAAGUGGACAACUUGGUGUCAAAGCCAAUAUUUUACAAGUGCAAGUAAUACCGGAUAUGUCAUACAUGAAUAUAUUUUGGGAAGCAAGUGGGGACAAAGAGAAAGAUGAUCAGAUAGAGUUAGAAUUAAAUGAGAAAGCAAGUUUGUUAAGACAAAUUCUGAUGGAGACUAAUCAGGUAGGAAGCGUUCCAAAACCGAUAUUUGUUAAAGACAUGUCAAUAUCCAAACAGAAGCAUAUUGAAAAUUUACUGUAUCAAAUCAGACUUGACAUGGAAAAAGAGACACCCGCAGAAGAAGAUUCUGAAACAAAUUCGGAUGUGGAAACUUUAUAUGAAUGUGAUGCAGAAAGCGAUUCAGACGUUAAAGUUGUUAGUGCUAUGAAUAUGGACAGUGGACUAGAUUCCAACGAUGGAUCACUUUGUGAAAAAAUCGAAACAGAAUUUAGACAAGAUUUGUACGAUGUUCCACAUGAUGUUCUUAUAAAUAAAGUUGUUACAGCAAAACUUUCUGCCUAUCAAAGACCUACAAUUGAAUCCACUACAAAUAUUGACAAUGAUCGAUUCAUGGAUUUUGAUAAAAAAUUGAAAAAAGUGCUCGCACCAAAAGAAAAGAUAAGUAGAAAAAAGAUGUUACGACAGUUGGAGCAAGAAGAGUUGCGCAAUUAUGAAAAGGAAAUUUAUCAGUCAGAUGAGUUUGAUGAAGAGUAUGAAUAUGAUGACGAUGAUGAUGUUAACGAAGAGAAGUCCGGUGUAGAUAUUUGGAUGAAAGGAUACCAGAAAGAUUUUCCCGAUUCAACCUAACUUGUCUAUUAAUUGCAU